AUGGAUGACGAUUUGGAGUUCUCUAACUCUCCUCCUUCCUUCCAAAACAUGGGGAAUUCGAUCAAGGAUGCUGAGUCUAAAGGGUUAAAUCCGGGAUUGAUAGUGCUGCUGGUUAUUGGGGGUUUAGUUUUGACAUUCCUAGUUGGAAAUUAUGUGCUUUACGUUUACGCGCAGAAGACCCUUCCUCCAAAAAAGAAGAAGCCCAUCUCUAAGAAGAAGAUGAAGAGGGAGAAACUGAAGCAAGGUGUCUCAGCACCAGGAGAGUGA